UAGUGUGUUAAUGUAGCAUUUGAAAAAAUAACUAAAUCAGCGCGGCCCCUCCUAAACACAUUUUAUAACCUAGCCAAAUAAUGCUAAUGCUGAAGUGCACCAUCACAUUGGUGUUCUCUAACGAAAAUCACCAUUUAACUAAUUUUAGCGUCUUUGAUCAAUUUCUAUAUAACAACUGAGAGGUUCACGUGCAGUAUGUAAAUGGCAAAACCACUGUGUUUAUGACUUACUAUACUGAGUAUUUCGUACUUCGCCUGAACGCCUCGGCCGUCCUUCUUUCGGACACAUGUCCCACUCCUCCAAACUGUGGACUGUCUGAUGGAGCUGUCACAUUAACCAUGCGAAGGAUGGCAGAGGAGGUCAUUCCUCCAAGACAAGAGCCCUGCUCUUGGGUCUCAAAUUGGCUUCCCUCAUGGCGCCCCACCUCCCCAACACAGCUGAAAGAUGCUGAGGAAAAAAUGCUUAAAAUUGUUAAGAAGCCAUUUUCCAGGCAGCAUGUUCGGAUAUCUGAUGGCAACUUUCUGUGGACCUUGGCCUUUUCCACUCAAGCCAGCUCCUCAUCUCUUCCCUCCCAUCAAAGGCUUCCUUUAGUUCUGCUGCAUGGCAUUGGAGGCGGUGUGGCACUUUGGUCACAGAACCUGGAUGCUCUCUCCAGCUCAGGGCCUGUGUAUGCCUUAGACUUACUGGGUUUUGGACGCAGUAGCCGGCCGCAAUUCUGCACUGACCCAAUCUUGGCAGAGGGACAGUUUGUGGAUACUCUGGAGGAGUGGAGGGAGAGAGUGGGGUUAGAGGAGAUGCUUCUUUUGGGACAUAACCUUGGGGGAUACCUGGCUGCUGCAUACACUCUCAAAUAUCCUCAGAGAGUUAAGCAUCUCUUGCUGGUGGAGCCGUGGGGGUUUCCAGCAAGGCCCGAAAAUCCCAACCCCAGCUCCCUCCCAGUGUGGAUCCGAGCCAUGGGGGCCUUCAUGAGCCCCUUCAACCCUCUGGCCGCGCUCAGACUGGCAGGCCCCCUAGGGCCCAUGCUGGUCCAGACAAUCAGGUCUGAUUUUAAGCAGAAAUACUCCUCUGUAUUUGAUGACAACACAGUGUCUGACUACAUCUACCAUCUCAAUGCACAGGAUCCAAGUGGAGAGACAGCAUUUAAGAACAUGACAGUUCCGUAUGGUUGGGCGCAGCUGCCUAUGCUGGAAAGGAUUGGACAGGUCCAGGCUGACAUUCCCAUUUCCUUUAUCUAUGGAUCCCGCUCAAGCAUUGACAGUGACUCUGGAUAUGCAGUCAAGAAAACCAGACCAGAUGUGGAAAUAAAAGUGAUCAGGGGAGCUGGACAUUAUGUUUUUGCAGACCAGCCAGAUGACUUCAACCAAACUGUCCUUGAGAUCCUCACCAGGACAGAGAGGAAAGGUCAGCACGAGCCCCCCAAUCCAUGUAGUCUCCUCAUGUAGAGAAUACAUUGUGUGGGGUAUAAAGCUGGACUCUUAAUAUUGUUAAGCACUUUAUUUAUUCAAAUUUGUAUUUAAAUGUGGCCAUUCUUUGAGAUUUGACCAAAGGUCACAGAAAAGAUUGUUGGUGUAAAUAUAAUGUAAAUAAAUUCAGA